AUGGACGCGUUUCAGGCUACCCUUGAUGAGCUGCAGCGGGAGUCCAAGGAGAAGAUCACGCAAGCGCAGGACACCGCGAGUGCGGCUGUGCUGCAAGCGCGUGUCGUGCCGCAUCGCAUCGCCGUCGCCAUGGCUCAGCGCUUUACGACUGAUCGGGUCGAGUCGUGCUUUCCGAUACUGUGCUUGCUGGACGCUACACUCGUCCGUACCGCCUCCGCCUCGCCCUCGACAUCGAGUGAGGCUGAUCAGGCACUGGCAGCCGUUCUCACCGAGUUUUGGACGUUAGCUCCCGCCGCCUUCGCGUCUAUCCACGGAGCGGGCCAGCCGGCGUGGCGUGAGAAGUGCCAGAGAUUUGUGCGCCGAUGGAAGCAACGCCGGCUGGUACCCGAGCCGCUGAUAACGGAGCUGCUGAUGGCGAUGGAGAGCGGCAGUGUGAAGACGGAGGCGGCUGAGGUUCCGAGAGCGACAAGAGUCUCAAGCGACGCUGCAGCUGCUGCAGUGGCGUCCUCGUCUUCGGCAGUCUCAGCGGCAGUCACGACAAGCGGACAGCCGUCGCUGUCCACCACUAUCACCGCAACCGGCGCUACCACUACGACAGCGGUGCCCCCUUCCGCAUCGUAUCCUGUGUCGACUAUGUCUUUUACAGUUGCUCAGGCGCGGGCGUUUCGAUCCACUCUGCAGGCGUGCCUGUCCGCUUUGGAGAGCCUGCCGCCCGCUCGAGCCGCCUUGUACUUUGAGCUCGUGCGCUCGCAGCACUUCCGCGCACCAUCCCACACCUCCUUUGCGUUUUUUGAGGACUUGCUAAAAGAGCUGCGGCGCGAGGUGACGAUGGUGUCAUCGUCUUCGUCCACCAACCAAGCUGCCGGCGCAGGAACCAAGAUCGACGUCGACCCGGCGUCGAGCGGUCAUGCCAGAGAGGCUUUGGGGAAGCUGCUAGAUCAACUACACAACUCCGGUGGCGAGAGGGCUACCGGCCUCAGCGCAGGAGGCCGCGCCACUGCUGCGGGAGUUGCUGGUGUGGGUGCCCACCACAGCGCCACCACCGCGGUUGUCCGCUACGUGAAUUCCAUUUUCUCAGAUAUCUACGCGAAGCAGCCGCUUGGUCAACGCGGCACUGGGUUCGGCACUCUCCAGCGCAAGGCGGGCCACGGUGGUCCUUCAGGCAGCAGUACCAGCAGUGCCUUCUACACGUCCUACUACCCCAAAGCGGAGGCGAACGCGCAGCGGCCGUUUCGCAUUCCACCAGCUCGACAGAUGCAGGGCGGUGCGGUGCGGCUGCACUUCCCUCGCCGCCAAGAGUGGGUCAGUGUGCAGGACAUGGCCGACAUCUCGCAGUACGCUAGCCGCGGCAUCACGGACAGAGGCCUCAAGAGGGCACGCGAAGACGUCUAG